AUGAAAAAAGUGAUAUUCCCGACGUUGGUGUUGAUUUCUACCUACCUCCAUUUGAACGACGAGCUUGAGGCCAUCAACAACAGCUCUGGAGCUGAAUUCUCUCGUUUCCAUCAUCUAACUCGGUUCCUACCUGUUAUCUACGAUGACGGACAAGCUCCCCCCAACCUCCUCGCUCUCUUUGCGCCUCGCCCUCCCCUGCGGUUUAUACCACCUUCCGACCACGCGCCAGGAGAGCGAAAGACCGCAAAUAUCAGUAGUCUCGCUGCUUUCCUUCCCCAGCUACAGGACUACAAGGCGACCGAUGUAUAUGAACCCACAGAGAGCUGGCUGCAGCGGAAGGACCGUCUUAAGCUGGAGAAAAAGCAACAACAAGAAAAGCUUUUGAAGGACGGCCCUGUAUCCUACAAGCCCCAGGAGGACCCGAACAUUCGAGGAGACGCCUUCAAGACCCUGAUCCCUACGAUGCUACAGAGAAAGAUCUCGAGAGCGAAUUUGGUCGCUUUGGUCCUAUUGAAAGAGCAAAUCCGGAUUGUUACUGAUACUCAUGCCCACGAGAAGCCAAAUAAGAAGAAGAAGAAUCACCGCGGAUAUGCAUUUGUUGUCUACGAGCGAGAGAAAGACAUGAGAGCUGCUUUAGAUGCUUGUGAUGGUAUUCGAAUCAAGGACCGCCGUAUCAAGGUAGACGUUGAACGCGGCAGAACCGUCAAAGGUUGGAAGCCUCGCCGAUUCGGAGGUGGCCUCGGUGGACGUGGAUACACAAAGACAGCCCCUCCUCGCCCAAUGGGACCCGGUGGAUUUGGACCUCCUGGUGGACCUGGUGGUGGUGGUGGUUUCAGAGGUGGUUUCCGUGGUGGGUUCGAUGGCGGCAGGGGACGAGGCGGAUUCAGAGGCGGCGGGGGUGGCUUCCAGGACCGAGGAGGCUAUGGUGGUGGUAGGGGAGGUAUUGGGUACCAGGGAGGUGGUGGGUUUUCAUCCAGGGGAGGUGGAGGAGAUCGCGGUGGGUAUGGAGGAUCCAAUGGAGGCUCCAACGGCUAUGCUCCCCCAAAUGCUCCAGCCGGUCCAGGUGGUCGAGGUGGGGGUGGCUACAGCAGAGGAGGCUUUGGUGGCUCCGGUUCUCCAGAACGCAAUGGCUCUGGCACGUCAGCGCCAGCUGGUGGGUAUGAUUCGCGUGGUGGCGGCCGCUCAUAUGAUGACAGAUCUGGCGGAUACCGUGGCAGUCGAGGCUUCAACGAUCGCGAUGGAGCUCGUGGAAGUGGCAGCAAUAUGGAGCCGGUAAGACCAAGAGACGGUGGACGAGACGGCGGAUACCGCGACAGAGACCGAGAUGGACGAGAUGGCGGAUAUGGAGGUCGCCCACGCGAUGACGAUUCACGGAAGAGACAGUAUGAAAGCAAUGGCUACGAAGAGGAUCCUCGCAAAAUUCGAAGGUACUAG